AUGGCAUCACCACACGUUCGCUCUUCAGGCAUCAGUGUUCAUGUCACUAUAACAAUUGACCCGGCCAAUACCAGUGCCUUCCUUGCCGCCUUUCGAAGAAUCUACGACAUUGUUGCUGCAGAACCAGAGUGUACUUACUUUGAGGUUUUCCAGUCGCUCGAAGAACCCGGCGUUUUUCGAUUUGUCGAAAACUGGAGCAAAGAUGUUCAGUGGUUCAAAGAGGUCCAACUCACCAAGGCGUACUACACUCCGUAUAUAGAGGCAACCGAACCAAUGUGGAUUAAGCCAAGAUCGAUCAAAUAUUUUGGGAGAUUCUCGGGAGAAUGGUUGACAGUGAAACCUGAAAACAACUAG